AUGAUGAACAAGAUAUUGUUGCUUGCACUUCUUCUUCUGCUACUCUUCGAGAACGGAGAAUCACAGUCCAUCAUCAAGACUCUUCCGGGUUAUUCAGGAACUCUGCCUAUCAAACUCGAAACCGGAUACAUUGAGGUGGGAAAAAAUGAUGAAGUAAAGCUAUUUUACUAUUUCAUUGAGUCCGAAAGCAAUCCUAGAACGGACCCUCUCCUACUUUGGUUCACCGGUGGACCGGGCUGCUCUGAUUUUACAGGCCUCUUUUAUGAAAUAGGUCCUUUAACUUUUGAUAUUGCAAAUUUUGAUGGAAGCUUACCAUCAAUUCUCCUAAAACCAUAUUCAUGGACGAAGGUUGCCAAUAUUUUAUUCAUGGACUGGCCCGUUGGUACCGGCUUUUCCUAUUCAAACACCUCACAAGGGUAUUCUUCCUCCGACACCAAAUCAACAAAAGAUAAUUACACAUUUCUUAGGAAGUGGUUAUUGAAUCAUCCCAUGUUUAUCAAAAAUCGUUUAUAUGUUUCGGGAGACUCCUAUGGAGGCAAACUAGUUCCCAUGGUUGCCUUGGAAAUAUUACGAGGUAAUGAAGCAGGACUGCAGCCACGAAUGAAUCUCCAAGGUUACAUUAUAGGCAAUGGAGUAACAGAUCCAAAGAUUGAACGUAAUGCACAAGUUUCAUAUGCUCAUCGCAUGGCACUUAUAUCAGAUGAAUAUUUUGAAGCAGCAAAAAUUAGCUGUAAUGGGGAAUACGACAAUCCCGAUCCAAAUAAUCUACAAUGUCUUGCGGACCUUACACGGAUCCACAAGCGUAUAGAUCCUGUAAAUGACGGUCACAUUUUGGAACCGAAAUGUAUUAAACCAGCUAAACUUGGACGGAAUCAUAAAUUUCAGGAAGAUUAUACAACUGAUCACCUCCUCCUGCCAUCUGAAAAAGGAGGAACGUGGUGUCGCAGUCAAAACUAUGCAUCAUGUUAUGCUUGGGCAAAUGAUCCGACUGUCCAAGAAGCUCUUCAUAUUAGAAAGGGAACCAUACUAGAGUGGAGGAGAUGCAAUCACAGCAUAUCCUAUAAACAUAAUGUACAAAGUGUUGUACAAUAUCAUAAACUCCUCAGUAAGAAAGGUUAUGAAGCUUUGGUAUAUAGUGGUGACCAUGAUUUGAAGAUACCUUAUAUGAGUACUUUAAAAUGGAUUCGUAGUCUCAAUAUGACCAUUGAGGACAGCUGGAGACCCUGGGUUGUUAAUGGCCAAGUUGCAGGAUACGUAGAGAGGUACAAGACCAAUGACUUUAAUCUCACGUUUGUAACAGUGAAGGGUGGAGGUCAUACAGCUCCAGAGAACAAACCUGAAGAAAGUUUUGCGAUGCUCCACCGUUGGCUCUCUCUAUAUCCUUUAUAG